CUCCCAUAAUGCACCGCACUGUGUCAACCACAGACUGGUGUCAGUGUGACAGUGUGCUGAAAAACUGACCUAGCUUUUCCCGCGAUCCUUCAUAUAUCAGAGAAAGUUAUUUUUGCACAGAUUUUGUGCAGAUCAUGAGCGGCAUGAGGAUCCUCAUGGGCUCCGUCGCGCUGGGCGGACUCACGUACGCCAUAUGGAUCAUAUUUUCCCCUGGAGAGGAGAGGAAAAAGGAAAUAUUAAAGAGUCUACCCGAGGCCAAUCCAGUCCGAAUGGAAGAGACCAGGAAAAGAAAUGCCAUCAUGCUUCAGGUUUUAAAGGAGGCUGCAGAGACCAAUGAUAAUGUUGCACGUGGAUUUGGGAGCCAGAAAUGAUAGAAUCAGAUAUCACAAAUCAUAAGUGGGAGAGAAAAAUAAGAAAACUGUGACUUAUUGAAAUAAAUUGUAUGGAAACUCUUCAUGUCAUGUGCAUUACUUCAUGGACACUCAUGCCAAAGGACGUCGUGCAAGAUUUGUUUUGCUUUAGUUUUCUUGAGGAAUAUUUGUCUUUUUGGGCCUUGUACAUAUCUUGAGACAUGCUGUAGCUGGUUUGUGGCUUGUCUAAAACCCACAGUUAUCUGUGAUAGAAAGCACUGUUGUUUUACUGUGGACGUUGUUUAUUUAUGCUUAUAAAAAUUUUGAUGAGGAUUGUACUGUAAAUAAAACUUAAACGAGUA